AUUAAAAAAAGUGAAACUUUUCCAAUAAAAUUCCCAAUUAAUACUGGCAGAUGCAAAACAUUAAAAAAAAUCGAACAGAAGACGAUACUAGAAAGAAAUAUAAAUUCCGUGUACCCAGUUAUUCACGAAAACGCUCUAGAGCUAUACUGCAAAUUUAUUUUGUUCAAAAGAGAGUACGGAACUGCUAAAGAAAAAUCAAUAUACGAAAAAAUGACUCUUAAAGAUUUCAUAGACAGACUUCUUCUCAAACGAGCCGUUUUGUUCAUAGAUUCGUCUGAUGAAUUCUUGCUCAUAAAUAAAAAAUGUGGGUUUGGAAAUUGGGAGUCAAUUGGUACUGCUGAAGAAUCCUUUCCAUUGAUUAUGGAAAAUUGUUUAACGUACGAUGAAAUAAAAUUAUCAGUGUUUUUGUCUGUUAGUUCCUAUACCUACUUCGUGAAUCUAGGAGAGAGAACAAAUUUUGGUAAACAUUUGGAAAAUAGGGAUAAAAUUGCGAGGGAAGGCAUCAUAAUUGGCCUAAUAGGUCCUAGAUUGGAAAAAAGAAACGUAAUGGAAUAUCAAGAAAUUGUUUUUAGUAAAACACAAAAUACAAAUAUAAAUGGUUAUGGUACCAAAAUCAAUGCCAGCAUACACAAACUAUUUUCUGAGUUCUAUGAAGAAACUUGUAUAGAUUAUGAAGAAGCAUUGCAACUCAAAAACAGUGACAAUGCAAGAUACAGGAAUUUGAUAAAUGAUUUGCUUUUCGACAAUCACUAUUACUAUAAAAGACUAACUAUUUCCAUCGACACUUUAUUGGUAGAGGCCAAUUAUAGGGCUAAGGCUGCGGAUAAAACUGCUUACAUUCAUGUUGUGGGGUUAGGUCUAGGUGUUUGGAAAAUAUCGUCACACCAAGAAGAAGUGUAUAUGGAAACUUUUGCUAAAAGAAUUUUUCAGCCAUGAAAGACAUGAAUCUGAAUAUCAGGAUUUCAACACAAUAUACUA